GUUGGAAGCCUAGAGGAUGAUCAGAGAGCACGCUCGCCAGCGAGACGUCGCGAGCGCGAGUGGUCGCCUUCCAGCCGCCAGUCUCACUUUCAGUCUCAUUCAAAUAAUUUAGGUACAUUCGCAACCGCAAGGCGAAUGAUUGUUCAUCCAAAGUUCACGAAAUCGUACUCUUACAACACGUUUAUAACGCUUAACAACUUUGGAGUAGAAGUCAAAAUUUUUGACGGCACAGCUGAAAUAGUACAGUGGAUACACAAAAGUCUUAGAGUUAUAAGAGAGAGUACAAUUACUAGAGAUCCGACUAUGUCAAAAUCGAACCAAAGGUGCCCUAUUUUUGCUUGGGCCAGCCACUAUCAAGUUAGCUAUUUCGACUGUUUUCUUCUCUGCUUCAUUGAAAACUGCAUGAUUAUCCUUGAUAAAUUCGCUCAGAUUGCUUUCAAAUCGGGAAUGUUCGAGUCCGAAGCAGUCUUUACUAUUUCCGGAUCAGCUGAAGUAAGUCCAGAAUAA